UAGCAAAAUCAUUCAGUCUAAUGGCCGACUGGUACACACGUGGCAGCGUGGUGAAACGAUUCCUUACUCAGCCCAACUUUUCUAGUUAAUAAUUGGAAUAUCUAUUGCUUGUCACAACAACUUACUUCGUUAAUUUCGAAAAUCGACAGUUGUUAUUCUCUACUACAGUUACUGAAGCAAACCACAACUUCCUCCUAAACUAGUGUAUCGUUGAAUGGACUGGAGCUUGAAGCUCAAGUGUUGCGCUUUUGCGAUCGCAUCAGUGACACUUGGUCUCAGUGCAGUGUACGUCCAACAACGUGCAACUUCCAGUCGAAAAAGAAGAAAAAGUAUCUACAAUAGUUCUAUCGCAAUGGCAGCCGCAGCAGAAAUCGACUGUCCGAACAACUCUGUCUCUCAGCUUGUUUCUACUAUGGAACAACUUAAAGUGGCUCAGCAGCCCGCGGAAUCGCCGCAGCUUGGCAACGAGGAGGCCGAAAUCCCUGACCGUGAUUCAGCCAACCAUAGUCCGUCUGAUUUUUUGUCCGGAAACUUGCAUUCAGAUUCUCACAGCGAGAGCUCAAACGACAGUGGCAAAGGGGGUUCGGAUUGUGCCAACACCAAUGGUGACCACCACGCGUCGAAUCGUUUCGACGUGAUUACGCCACCGUUGUCGCCUCACCAUCCAACCGCCGCACUAGUGCCCUUGCCAGAACGACUUUUCGUCUAUGAAUUUGAAAUACCACAGGCCCUUGUAGGCUUACUUAUCGGCAAGUAUGGAGCUUUUGUAAAUCAGAUCAAGGUCAAAACGGGUGCCAGUCUGCUCAUCAAAGAUCGUGAUCGGCGCUGCAAACUUUGCGCUGUUGAAGGUACGAAAACUGAAAUUGAUGCCGCCCUUGAGUUGAUUCGCGGUAAAUUCCCUAUCAAACGCUAUCCCCACAUAACUAUGGCUCAGAUAAAUGUUGCUCCAGAAACAACAGCCAUCCAACCUGUUUUGCCCGAUUCCAUCCAGUUACUGCUUCCUCCCGAAGUGAGUUGCGACGUUAUGAUCAGUGCUGUUGUGUCGCCAAACCACAUUUUCCUUCAACAAAUAACUCAUCCUACUUACCCAUCACUUGCUCGACUCGAUCAUUGCAUGGCACAAUGCUACAACGAAUUCGUAACACCGGGUCUUCCCCUACCCAUUCGGCCUAGUAUGGUCUGCGCAGCCCCUUCAAUGGAUGGCUGGUACAGAGCCAAAGUUGUUGCCGUGUACCCAACAGCGUCUCUGGCGAGUGAAGAUGAAAAUGUUGAAAAGCUGGAAGUAACAGGAGAAGUCAAUUCCACUGAAAAUACAGUAGCUGCGGCUGAUCCAGAAAUGGAGCUGAGGAUCCCUGAGACCGAUGAAGAUUACGAAGUAGAUAUUUGUUUUGUUGAUUACGGUGGAUACAGCAGAGUGCCGGCCUCGUGCCUACGUCAAAUACGUGCCGAUUUCAUGUCGCUACCCUUCCAAGCCAUAGAAUGUCUGUUGGCCAACGUCGCUCCUGCAUCAGAAGAAGAGGGCUGGACGACCGAAGCUUACGACGAGGUGGAGAGUCUGACGAGAGACAGGAUGCUCCAGGGCCAGGCAAUGGCUUACAGUCUAGAAGGAUUGCCGCUCGUCUAUCUGUAUCAAAUGGAAACGACGGAGGAAGCGCUCAUCAACAGGCAGCUGGUCAACCGAGGAGUGGCUCAGUGGGUCGAACCUCAACUGGUCUCCAAUUAGCUUAAAAUUGAAGAAAGAUACGAACACGUCAUGUUAAAUCCCGUAACAUCAAACCAUUUAUAUUUUUUUUUUUUUUUCAAUUUUAUUUACGUAAAAAGCGCACUUUCGAUGCAUUCAGGGUUUCGGCCGUCAGGUUUACUAAUUAUUAUUAUUAUUAUUACUAUACUAAUAUCUUGCGAGCAAUUAUUCAGGAUCUUGAUAUUUUGAAAAAGAUUUUUUUUUUUCCUCCCCAUGUUGCAUAAUUAAUCCGGACCAAGUUGAAUCAUCAUUUACGAGGAGACUUUGUUGUUAAAAGUCCUGAUUCUUAAGAAUCUAUAUUUUUCUGUGGUGAACGGGCUGCUCACUCGACCCUCUUACGUUCAUCUAGUUAUCAACUUCCACCACUUUUCCCUUGUCCUUUGUGUCUGUAGAUGUAAGCAAAACAAAAACUCGGUUCAAACCAAACGACUUACUAAAACACUGGGUGAUUUCUAGCUCUCUUUUUUGUCUCCCCCCUCCAAUGUUUUUCUACUUUGGCACCCCGAAGUUGAGAAACGAAUUUACUUUUCAAUCGUCGAAUAGGAAACAGUUUGUUUGGAUCCAAUUAGACAUUUUUCCCCGUCCCUCACCUGUGCGGCUUUUUUCUAUAGUGCCUCCGAGGGCGUGAAUGUUUGAUGGUCCAAGAAAUCCGCUGGUUGUUUUUUUUUUCUCUUUUUUUUCUCUUUUUGUGUGUAAAUAUAAACCGUAUGCCUUAGUUUAUUUACUCGGGUUUUCUCUUUUUUCCCCUUUUCAAUUUUCCUUGAAAUGUAGACACCGUAAAAAGAAACCAGAGAUUAGCCGAUGUGGAAGAUGAUGUAUGAAGCAAACUUUAAAGAAAUCAUUCAAAAUCCUCACUUGUAAUCCCCACUGUUUUCUCCGAAUUGAUAACCCUGAUGCUUGCCCUUCACUUUUCUCUUACCGUUCUAAAUCCUGACAGUCUCGUAUCCUGUGUAUGUUCCUCUGCCAAUGAACGGACUUUGGUUGAUAGUAUAAUUUUUUUUUUUGUGUGUGCAGGGGAUCAAUGGGUAAAAUUACAAGUUAAUUUUUUUUUCUAAAUUCACAAUCAUUCAUGUCUCAUGUGUUACAAUUAGAAGUCAGAAAUAGAAGUUUAUUGGUUUGCAA